CAUCGUCAUACUAGACGAUCCUAUCCAGCAAGGUUUUGUUAAGUACGAAAUGUAAGAACAAAUUAAUACAUGCUGUAAUUUUCUUUUCUUUUCUUUUCUAUUCAAUGAAUUUGAAGUGAGUCCAUUAAUAGAAGUGAUGACAAAGACAAGGGACGAGGAUGCUCUUCUCAGAGUCGCAAUGUGAUGGGGAUGGCCAAUAAUUCCAUUCCCCACAAAUUCUCACAGCUGUAAGCAGGAGAGACGACUCUCAUAUUAGAUUACCAUGCCCGCCCGCCAAUAUUAUAAUCCAUCUUUAUAAAAGACUUCACAGAAUAACGCCUUUUUAUGGACAGCAGAGAGUGCAGUGACACGGAUUUCAGGAAAACCAUUUAUUAAAACUAUUUUUCACACGUGCACACAUGCUUUCAAAAUGAUUUCAAACUAAUCCUGCAAUCAUAUAAACAAGUAGGGCUGCCAAGGUGGGACUCACGAGCAGAGAGAGCACCUGUUUGAAAAUUUUUGGGUAUGAAAUGGAGUUGAUGUGGUGGUGGUUGAUGUUGCUAUGGCCACUCCUCUGUCGGAAUGCGAGGGCUGUAGGCAGUGGUUCCGGGUUGGAGAUGGAGGGGCUGAGCAGGGAGCUGCUGGAAUCGGCGAGGGAGAGGGAGUUCUUCGAGUGGAUGAGAGGGGUACGGCGGAAAAUCCACCAGUACCCAGAAUUAGGAUUUGAGGAGCACAAGACGAGUGAACUCAUUAGGGCUGAGCUUAACUCUCUGGGAAUAGGGUACAAGUGGCCUGUUGCCAAGACCGGAGUGGUGGCUUCAAUUGGAUCUGGGGAUCAACCCACCUUCGCUCUCCGAGCCGAUAUGGAUGCCCUCCCUCUCCAGGAAUUGGUAGAGUGGGAGUACAAGAGCAAGAUCGAGGGAAAGAUGCAUGCCUGCGGUCAUGAUUCUCAUGUAGCAAUGCUACUCGGAGCUGCUAAGUUACUCCAAGCCAAAAGAGGCAUGUUAAAAGGAACGGUGAAGCUAGUUUUUCAGCCUGGAGAAGAGGGUUAUGCCGGUGCUUACCAUAUGUUGAAAGAGGGUGCGCUUGAAGAUGUGAAGGGCAUGUUGGGAUUACAUGUCAUACCGACAGUUCCCACAGGUGGCAUUGCUUCAAGAGCCGGCCCUCUACUUGCUGGUGUUGGGCUAUUCUCCGCCACCAUUCAAGGGAAAGGUGGACAUGGGGCGAGCCCUCAUACAGCCAAAGAUCCUGUUCUUGCUGCAUCCUUUGCAAUCCUGGCUCUUCAACAGAUUGUAUCCCGUGAGACAGAUCCUCUUGAAGCCAGAGUGGUGACAGUUGGAUUGGUAGAUGGAGGCGAAGCCGGAAAUGUAAUCCCAGAGUCUGUGAAAAUUGGGGGAACUUUUAGGAGCCUGACCUCUCAGGGUCUCUUGUACCUCCAGGAAAGGAUCAAAGAGGUAAAACAUGCCAUCACUUUUGUAAUGCAUCGUUUCAAAAUUUCAGGAGAAAGAGAAAUAAAUGUGAUCCACUUAGUGCAGGUCAUAGAGACUCAAGCAGCUGUGCAUGGAUGUGAUGCUGCAGUGGACUUCAUGGAGGAGAGAGGGAUGCCUCAUCCAGUAAUGAUCAACGACGAAACAUUGUAUGAACAUGCAAAGAAGGUUGGAGAAAUACUAGUGGGGGAACCCAAUGUGGAGCUUCUUCCUAUAACAAUGGGAGCUGAGGAUUUCAGCUUCUAUACGAAAAGGUUCCCAGCUGCAAUGUUUACAGUUGGAAUCAAGAAUGAGACUCUGAAAUCAGAUUAUCCCUUGCACUCACCCUACUUUUUUAUUGAUGAGGACGCUUUUCCCGUUGGGGCUGCUUUCUAUGCUGCAGUCGCCAUCUCUUACUUGGAUGACCAUGCUGUUGAGUCCGAAACCCACUCGAUUCUGUGAAUUCCUGUCACUUCAAAAAGAAAAAAACUGGCAUUACAGCCCAAAAUGAGAAUUCGGGGAAACAUGAAAUGGUGUAAUUUUCAUUUCAUCUGUGGAAUAGUAGGCCCUUGAAGAAGUAAUUUUCCCAACAUAUGCUACAAAAUAUUGAAUUUACAACAAUUCCCGA